AUGCUAUUCGCUUUAGUCGUUUGCCAUUUCGUAGUUGCAAGCGUUGCCAAUCCAUUUCAUAAGUAUCCAUUUGUUUUUUUACUGGAUGUGGGUAAUGAAGAAUUAGAUAAAACAAAUACGGAACAGAUCCGCGUUUCAAUCCCGGGUGGUUCCUUGGCUUUACGUUACCCUGCAGUUGGUGACGGUGAAACAAUAACUAACGUAAGAGUGAGUGGGAUAGACUUUGGCACAGAACUCAAAGCAAAUAUAAUUGACGGUGGUCCUGGUUAUAAAUACGUUUUUCUAGUAUUUUCGGGUAAUACGGGGAUUCCCUAUGACGCGGUCAUAACGUUACAAACGGUGGCGAGUAAUAUGGAGUCUGGUAAUAACGAUCAGAAUUCAAUAUAUAACAUAAGAACAAACAAACCAGAUAAAUAUCAGACUGAUGAUAAUGAAAGUGAUUUGAAUAACAGUGCGGAAGAAAUGGAUACCAGUGUGGAAAAAACGAUAAAUAAUGGCAGUAAUGAAGAAAUCGCACAAUCUAGUUCUAAUGUUUUCAAUUACGUACAAGCAGAAGAUGACAAUGAAGAAGCAGAAGAUGAUAAUGAACAAGAAGAAGAUGUUGACAAUGACGUGGAAGAUAAAAAUAACGACAAUUCUGAUAAAACAAAAAAUAUACAUACUGAUUAUAAUGAAAAUGUAGAUGAUUCCAAAGAUAAACGUACUAAUGAUCGAGAUCCUAUAGAGGAUAAACUAAGUUAUGAGAAUUUCGAAGACGACAAGGAAAAUCAAUACAGAGCAGAAAAAUUACAAGCGAAAUCUAACGAAUAUGUUUAUAGUAAUAAUAAUAACUUCCUUGAAGGUGACACAUUCGAUCAAGGAAUCUCUUUGGAUGAAGAUGCUAAAAUGUAUCGACAAGACACUUUAUAUGAUACUCAGGGUCACGAUAAUGUUUAUUCUGCUGAAGAUUCCGAUGAGUUUGAUCAAAUGUUUAACGACGAGGAAGUGCACAACGACGCUAAUAAGUAUAAGGAUUCUAAUAAUAAUAAUUUUGAUUCAGAUUAUGAUUCUGCGGUAGCAUAUUGA